UUUGAUAACGAUAUCUUUUCUUUUAUCGAUAUUAUUAACAGCUGAUUAAUUGAAAAACAAAAAACAAAUCGAAAUCUGGCAUUGCGAAGGUUACGAUCAAAGAGAAAAGUGCAAUUUGCAAUCAUGGCGAAUGCUGCUUACAGGAUAUUUGCGAAAACAACAGGAAAAGAAAGUAAACAUCUACUUUCAAAAGUAAAAUGUGGUGUUUUGCAUAGCUAUAACCCUCAACGAAAUCUUAACCUCCAUGAGCACCUUAGUUUGGGAUUGCUUGCAAAUGCUGGGGUGAAAGUACCGAAAUUCGGUGUUGCAUCGACACCUGAUGAGGCUUUAAAAGCUGCUGAAAAUUUAGGUAGUAAAGAUUUUGUUGUUAAAGCACAAGUUUUAGCUGGUGGUCGAGGCAAAGGAGUAUUUGAAGGUGGCUUGAAAGGGGGUGUUAAAACAGCCUAUUCGCCUCAGGAAGCAAAAGAGUUAGCUGCUCAGAUGUUAGGAAAGCGGUUAAUUACAAAGCAAACUGGAGAGAAAGGUGUGUUAUGUAAAGAAGUCAUGGUAGCAGAAAGGCUAUAUACUAGAAGAGAAUACUAUUUUGCUAUUAUGAUGGAAAGAGAUUAUGGAGGUCCAGUGAUCAUUGCCAGCUCUCAAGGAGGAGUUAACAUUGAAGAAGUUGCCAAAGAUAAUCCCGAUGCCAUUAUAAAAGAGCCAAUUGAUAUUAUGAAAGGGUUAUCUGCUGAUCAGGCUCUAAAAGUUGCAAAAUAUCUUGGAUUCAAGCAAAAUAAUAUAAACCAGGCUGUUGAAAUAAUUACAAAACUGUAUGGAGCUCUUUUGAAAUAUGAUGCUGUAAUGCUUGAAAUUAACCCUAUGGUAGAAGAUUCUAAUGGAGAUGUGUAUUGUUUGGAUGCCAAGUGUCGGUUUGAUGAUAAUGCAGAGUUUCGCCAGAAAAAAUUGUUUGAGCUACGAGAUUGGACACAAGUUGAUGAAAGAGAACGUAAUGCACAUAAAGAAAGCCUAAAUUAUAUUGCACUAGAUGGAGAUAUUGGAUGUUUAGUGAAUGGAGCUGGGCUUGCUAUGGCUACAAUGGAUAUAAUUAAAUUGCAUGGUGGCAGUCCCGCAAAUUUUCUAGACGUUGGAGGAGGAGCUACGUCUCAUCAAGUCACCGAAGCAUUUAAACUCAUAACCUCGGAUCCUAAAGUUCAAGCAAUUUUAGUCAACAUUUUUGGCGGCAUUAUGAGAUGUGAUGUGAUUGCUGAAGGCAUCAUAGCUGCUGCGGAAAUGCUGAAUUUGAAAAUUCCAAUUGUAUGCCGAUUGCAAGGAACUCAAGUUGAUGAUGCAAAAGCUUUGAUUGCAUCAAGCAAGUUACGAAUUUUGGCUUGUGAAAACCUGGAUGAAGCAGCUAAAAUGGUUGUAAAACUAUCGACUAUUGUUGGCUUGGCACGUUCUGCAGAAGUUGAUGUUAAGUUUGAACUUCCCUUGUAACUAAAGACUUAUUGUAUUUUUUGUAUAUAAUAUAUUUAUCAAGAAACCAAAGGCGCUAAUAGUUAGUAGGAGCUUUCAAACGAAUUGUUAGUUUUUUACCCUGCCACAGUUUGUUAACAAAUUCCAUUUAUUUAUUUUUUCAUCCUGUUACAAACGAAAUCAAUGAGCCGACCUGUGGCUUUUAACUAUUUAUUGCUAAAGUGAAUGAAUAUUUAAACGUACUAAAAUUUGCUUUACCUUGCUAGUGUUGGAGCUUAUGUUAAAACAUAGAUAUCAUUGUACAUGAAAUA